AUGCGGCUGAGCCAGUUCGACAUCCAAUUCAAGCCCAGACCCGUAAUCAAGGGGCAUGCACUGGCUGACUUCAUAGUCGAGUGUACCGCCCCGGAGGCCACGGAGCGGGUCCGGGAUGAAGACGAGGAGUGGUGGACCCUCUCAACGGACGGGUCCUCCAGCGCCAAAAGCUGCGGGGGUGGAGUCGUACUCAUAACCCCGGAGGGGUUCCGGGCCUACUACGCCCUCCGCUUCGCGUUCAAGUUAUCCAACAACGAAGCUGAGUAUGAGGCGCUCUGCCUCGCGCUAAAUAUGAGGGUGGAAAAGCUCAAAAUCCGGUGUGACUCCAGGCUCGUCGUGGGACAGGUCACAGGUGAAUUCGAGGCAAGUGAUGAAAGAAUGAGGAGGUACCGGGACGUGGUGCUCCAACUACUGGGGCAGGUGAUCAAUUACGAGGUCCUACAGGUGCCUCGGGACCAGAACACAGACGCUGACAUGUUAUCUAAGCUCGCCCAAGGGGCCCCGGAACAUAUCUCAAAAAUAGCGCGGAUUGAGGAUUUCAAGAGGUCGAGCCUGGACGCCUACCUGGUCCUACCUGUGCAAGCCCGACCUCCCUGCUGGUUAGACCAUCUCAAGGAGUACAAGAAAACAGGUGCGCUACCUCCCGACGAGGUCGACGCCAAGCUGGCGAAACGACAAGCCCCUACGUACGUGAUCAUAGGGGACACACUUUACAAGAGGUCCUACAACGGCGCCUUGCUGCGCUGCCUGUACCCAGAUGAGGCCAGGGCGGUCAUAGAGGAAAUCCACGAGGGGACCUGCUCCGCCCACCAGGGGGCCUUCGCCAUGUCCCGGAGAGCCAUCUUACAGGGGUACUUUUGGCCCAAAAUGGCCAAGGAGUGCGCCGACUACGCUAGGAGUUGCGAGACCUGCCAACACUUCCAGGUCACCCCCGGCCGACCUGCCACGAGCUACACCCCCAUCAGCUCGGUCAUCCCCUUCUCCAGGUGGGGAGUGGACCUAGUGGGAGCUCUGCCUAUGGGGUCGGGAAAAAGGAAGUACCUCAUAGUGGCAGUGGACUACUUUACCAAGUGGGUGGAGGUGGAACGACUGCAACCAUAA